AAAACCAGAUAAAUAGCAUGUCUAUCAGGACGUACGGGGACAAGCCGAUAAGCUUCCAGCUCGAGGAGAAUGGAGAGUACUACUGCGUGGGCUCAGAGGUGGGCAAUUAUCUGCGCCUCUUCCGGGGCUCACUGUACAAGAAGUACCCGGGCAUGACCCGGCGCACCCUCAGCAAUGAGGAGAGGAAGCGCCUGAUCGAGUCUGGGCUGAGCAGCCACAUCCUCGCCAGCUCUGUGUCGCUGCUGAAGGCGUCCGAAGUGGAGGACGUGAUUGAGGGCAAUGACGACAAGUACAAGGCGGUGUCCGUGCACUCCACGGAUCUGCCGGUGAUGCGCGAGAGCAAGUCCAAGAAGCCCACGCCGUGGGUGCCCACAAUGCCCAACUCGAGCCACUUGGACGCCGUGCCACAGGCGACGCCCAUCAAUCGCAAUCGCGUGUACCAGAAGAAGGUCCGCACGUUCCCGAUGUGCUUCGACGACACGGAUCCUGGCACGAAUCUGGAGAACGCCGCGCAGCAGGAGAUGCUGGUGCCCGUGCGCUUGGAUAUGGAGCUGGAGGGCCAGAAGUUGCGUGACACGUUCACGUGGAACAAGAACGAGAGCAUGAUCACGCCCGAGCAGUUCGCAGAGGUGCUCUGCGAUGAUCUGGACCUCAAUCCGCUGGCCUUCGUGCCGGCCAUCGCGGCGGCGAUUCGGCAGCAGAUCGAGGCGUAUCCCAGUGAACCGAUCAUGGAGGAGAGCUGCGACCAGCGCGUCAUCAUCAAGCUGAAUAUCCACGUGGGCAACACGUCGCUGGUGGACCAGGUGGAAUGGGACAUGUCGGAGCGCGAGAACAACCCCGAGGAGUUCGCCAUGAAGCUGUGCGCGGAACUGGGCCUCGGCGGGGAGUUCGUCACGGCGAUCGCGUACUCGAUUCGCGGGCAGUUGUCGUGGCACCAGCGCACGUACGCGUUCAGCGAGGCGCCGCUGGCCACGGUCGAGGUGCCCUUCAGGGCGCCGAGUGAGGCCGACGGCUGGGCGCCCUUCCUGGAGACGCUCACGGAUGCCGAGAUGGAGAAGAAGAUCCGCGACCAGGACAGAAACACGCGCAGAAUGCGGCGUCUGGCCAACACAACGCCCGGCUGAAGUCUUCAGCCUCUGGAAAAGAUCUCAAAGUUCUCCAAAGGCAGUUCAUCACGCUCUUCAACUGGUAAGAAUAUGUAAGUGAAUAUGAAAUUUCAUUGUAAUUUCAAGCUUAGUCCGGACGAAGACUGCUCGGAAAGAGAAAUAUGCCUGUGAGGAAAUUGAAAUCUGCACACUUUUAUUCAUAUUAACAAGAUGUUCUGUAUACAUUUAUUUAAGAAUAAGAAUUAC